AUGAUAGUAAGGCGAUGGGUCGGGGAGCAGCAGGGAGGAGGAGAAGAGACAGAGAGUAUUCAUUGGGAUGGUUACAGGCUUGCGGCAUCCGCAUGCAUCUAUAAAGUACAGAUUGGCGAGGGAAACCCUAAUGGUAGGAAUUUACUUGGAAGGACAAAGAUACCAAACAUAUUACGUUCCAGGACCUACCAGAUUGUAGUGAUGGUAAAGGUCCUGCUGGAUUGUGGUAAAAAAGCGAAUUACUUCCUCGACUCAUUCGAAUUUUGCUGCCAAUACGAGAGUUACAUUGAUGGGCUGAGCACAGGUCCACAGCAACUUCUUUAUAAGUUGUCUGGAUUCCGCAGCCGUGCUGAUUGUGCACGGCUGCCUGACACCACAAAUUCAGUAGCCGUCAGGGCAAACUGUUGGGAAAACGUUUUGCUCUGCUGGGAAUAUGCAUAUUCUGGAGGUGCUAUCAAUUACCAAUCACGCACUGCAGAGGAGAAGGUUGGGGUGCUGCUUUUGAAUCUUGGAGGACCAGAGACACUGCAUGAUGUUCAGCCAUUUUUGUACAAUUUGUUUGCUGAUCCAGAUAUCAUACGUCUCCCGAGGUUAUUCAAAUUCCUGCAGCGUCCGCUGGCACAGCUUAUCUCCAUUCUCAGAGCUCCCAAAAGUAAGGAAGGAUAUGCUGCCAUUGGAGGUGGUUCACCCCUGCGUAAGAUAACAGAUGAGCAGGCAAAUGCUCUGAAAAUGGCAUUAGGUAAAAAAGUCCCUGCAAAUGUCUAUGUUGCAAUGCGUUAUUGGCACCCCUACGAGGAAGCUGUUCAUCGGAUCAAGACUGAUGGAAUCACAAGGCUUGUAGUACUUCCACUUUAUCCUCAAUUUUCUAUCUCUACCACUGGCUCAAGCAUUCGAGUUCUUCAAAGUAUGUUCAGGAAUGAUGCACAUUUGUCGAGUCUGCCUGUUGCUGUUAUCGAGUCCUGGUAUCAACGAGAUGGAUAUGUCAGGUCUAUGGCCGACUUGAUUGAGAAAGAGUUAGCAAAUUUCUCUGAGCCCGAAGAGGUUAUGAUAUUUUUCAGCGCCCAUGGUGUACCAGUUAGUUACAUUGAGGAUGCUGGUGAUCCAUAUAAAGAUCAGAUGGAAGAGUGCAUCCUGUUGAUAAUGCAAGAGUUGAAAGCAAGAGGGACUAAAAAUAACCAUACUUUGGCUUACCAGAGUCGAGUCGGACCUGUACAAUGGCUGAAACCCUAUACUGAUGAAGUCCUUGUUGAACUUGGCCAGAAAGGGGUGAGGUCUUUACUGGCUGUCCCUGUCAGCUUUGUCAGUGAGCACAUUGAGACUCUUGAAGAGAUUGAUAUGGAAUAUAAGCACCUUGCUCUUGAGUCGGGCAUUUCAAAUUGGGGUCGCGUUCCUGCUCUGAAUUGCACCCUCUUCAUUAAUGAUCUAGCAGAUGCUGUCAUUGAGGCACUGCCUUCAGCAAUGGCUAUGUCAACCUCAGAUACUGCAUCAGAAGACGAACUUUAUGAUGACCCAAUGAGAUACGUUAUCAGAUUGUUCUUUGGUUCAAUCUUAGCAUUUUUGCUUUUAUCUCCGAAAGCCAUCCUGGCAUUCAGGAAUAACAUUCUCUGAAGGGAACAAAACUAUCAGAGGCAGAUGACUUUCUGCUUCUCACACAAUGAGUGUAUAGUAGGUUGCAGAUGUUCUGCUCAUAGAGGUGGAUAGGUUUUGCAGAAAAUUUUGACAAAGUUACUUCUAUGCUGGGUAAACUAUUAGGCAGCAGAAAGUCCUUUAGAUGUUUACUUCAUUUCUCUUGCUUGCAAAGACCACAAUGCUGUAAUGAUAAGUUCAUCAGUUGUGAAUCCAAAAGUUUUGAUAGAAUCAUUCUGAUUAUAGGUAUCAUUUUAAGUGAAUGUAAAGAGUGGAGAAGGAAAUUUUCUUUGGCU